AUGAAACUUCUUCGCUCGCCGGGGCUCACCCUUACCACGGCUUCUACGCAAGUUAACCGACAAGCGGCACUUCCUUAUAUAUCGAUACAGGUCCGACAAGCCACGAACUGGCAGAAAAACACAGCGACUACGCUAACAAGCACCCAAACCAAAGUUGAAAAGAGCAAUAAGCUCGACUAUGUUCUGACAAAGACCGAUGCCCUUAUCUCCUGGGCUCGCAAUGGCUCCUUCUGGCCCUUGUCUUUUGCUCUCGCCUGCUGCGGUGUCGAAAUGAUGCACACCUCCAUGCCUCGGUACGACCAGGACCGACUGGGAAUCAUCUUUCGUGCCUCUCCUCGACAAGCGGACGUUAUGAUCGUUGCCGGAACCUUAACAAAUAAGAUGGCACCUGCCUUGCGACAGCUGUACGACCAGAUGCCAGAGCCUCGAUGGGUUAUAAGUAUGGGCAGCUGUGCAAAUGGCGGAGGGUACUAUCACUAUAGCUAUAGUGUUGUGAGGGGAGUCGACCGGAUCGUGCCGGUGGAUGUCUAUGUUCCCGGGUGCCCUCCGAUGCCGGAGGCGUUGCUGCAAGGUAUUUUCACGCUGCAGAGGAAGAUUAGAAGGACACCAGUGACGAGGAUGUGGUAUCGGAAAUGA